AUGUACUCUGCAAAUCGUUCUCAUCGCGCGGAAACUCGCAAUAGGACAAAAGACGAGCUCAGAAAAGUUUGUUUGAAAGAUCAAUCAUAUACUUAUUUGAAAAACAUUCAGGUGAUAAAUUCUGUCGAAAAGGUUCGAAAAUGGGAGAAGAAGAUGGUACUUAUCAAGGACACAACAAUAAAAAUUUCGAAAUGGGUACCCGGUGAGAUUUUUUUCUGCGUCAUACCUUGAAAUUGGGAUUUUUGAGCUCACGAUAGAAAAAAGUUUGUUUUUUGUCUCCAACGUUCUUAUUUUUAUGAUUAUUUCUAUUCUCAUUUUUUCGAUAAUCCUUUCACUUCAAAUAUUUUUUCCGUUCAGUUGAAUCAAAAUAUUAUUCGCAAUUUCAGUUACGGCACAGAUGAAUCUUCCUCCACCCCCCAAAGUAAAAGUUGUCGAUGAAGAAAACAGUAACACGAUUCAGUCAACUGAGGAGAACUCUCAAGGUAUUUAAUUUCGAUGAAAAGGGAAAAGUUUCUUGUUUUGUCAGACUCCACUUCUGUGAGCAUGAGCCGUGUGGCUCGUUUCGAGAUCAACGAAGAUUCAAACUUUUCGGAACGCGACGGCUUCGACAGCGACUCGAAUCAAACUUUCGAACCACAAAACUACCAGGUUUACCAUCAAAUUUGCAAUUUUUAUUUUCACACUUUAAAGGGAACCACUCAAGGAUCCACAGACUUCAGCUCUAUGAGGGACGCUGAAAUGAAGUGA